AUGGUCCACUGUGCCGGGUGCGAAAGGCCUAUAUUGGACAGGUUUCUCCUCAAUGUGCUGGACAGAGCAUGGCACGUCAAGUGCGUACAAUGCUGCGAGUGUAAAUGUAAUCUAACAGAGAAAUGCUUUUCUCGGGAGGGGAAACUCUACUGCAAAAACGACUUCUUUAGGCGGUUUGGGACAAAGUGCGCCGGCUGUGCUCAGGGGAUCUCGCCAAAUGACUUGGUCCGAAGGGCACGGAGCAAGGUGUUUCACCUCAACUGCUUCACCUGCAUGAUGUGCAACAAGCAGCUUUCUACGGGAGAGGAGCUCUAUAUAAUAGACGAGAACAAAUUUGUCUGUAAAGAAGACUAUUUAAGCAACACCAAUGGGAAAGACACAAACCUCUUAUCAGUAACCGCCUGCAGCGACCCAAGUUUAUCUCCAGAUUCUCAAGACCAGCUUCAAGAUGACGUAAAAGACUCUGAAAUUGCAAAUUUGUCGGACAAAGAAACGGUUAAUAAUGAGAACGACGACCAGAAUCUGGGAGGGAAAAGGCGAGGACCGCGAACCACGAUAAAAGCCAAGCAACUGGAGACUCUGAAAGCAGCGUUCGCGGCUACACCCAAACCCACGAGACACAUCAGGGAGCAACUAGCGCAGGAGACUGGCCUCAACAUGCGAGUCAUUCAGGUAUGGUUUCAAAACCGAAGGUCCAAAGAGAGGAGAAUGAAGCAGCUGAGUGCCCUUGGAGCGAGGAGGCACGCGUUCUUCCGGAGUCCGAGGAGAAUGAGGACGCUGGUCGACCGACUUGAACCGGGAGAGCUCAUUCCUAACGGCCCGUUUUCUUACUACGGAGAUUACCAGAGCGACUUCUACGGCCCUGGUGGGAACUAUGACUUCUACCCGCAGGGGCCCCCCUCCUCGCAGGCCCAGACCCCCGUGGACCUGCCUUUCGUGCCCUCGUCCGGCCCCACGGGCACUCCGCUGGGGGGCAUGGACCACCCCAUCCCCGGGCACCACCCCUCCAGCGAGGUGCAGCGCUUCUCCGACAUCAUGUCGCACCACCCAGGCGACUCGCCCAGCCCCGAGCCGGGCAUCCCGGGGCCCCUGCACACCAUGUCCUCGGACGUCUUCGGGCCCAGUCCCUCCUUUACCUCGCUCUCGCUCAACGGAAGUGGAUACAACAACCACCUGUCACACCCCCCCUCAGAAAUGAAUGAAGGCACUGUUUGGUAGCUGCCUCCUCCUCCUCCUCCUUCUUCUGAUUUCCCCCUUCCUCCUCCUCCUCUCACUCCUCCCUCGAAGUGAAAAAGGAAAACAAACACGGACAUGGACAAGGCCAGUGGAUGGAGGGAGAAAAGAAUUUGGGGAUGGCA